AUGACGGCUUUAAAAGCAUUAUCUAAAACUGCCCUAACCGUUCUCUAUCCUAGGCAGAAGUGUACUCUUGUGCUUAGAGGAAAUCAAAUUCGAAAUCUCAUGUCUAGACAACUUGUUUACAAUGAAUUCGGAGAUCCUUUACAGGUAGUGAAAUACAGGGAAUGUGAAGUUCCAGCUCUUGGGAAGCAAGAAGUUCUAGUGAGAAUGCUAGCAGCACCAGUAAAUCCUGCCGAUAUAAAUACUAUUCAAGGUAAAUAUCCUGUCAAAGUGAAUUUACCAUCAAUUCCGGGUAAUGAAGGAGUAGGCUUUGUAGAGCAGGUUGGAUCAGAAGUUCAAGAUCUACAGCGGGGGAAUAAAGUCAUCCUAGCAACUUCACUUCAAGGCACUUGGCGGAACUUAGCAGUUUUUCCACGCACAUCACUAACUGUGGUACCUGAUGCCUUAGGAAAUGUAGAAGCCGCAACUCUUACAGUGAAUCCAUGUACAGCAUUUAGAAUGCUAUCUGACUUUGUAUGUUUAAAGAAGGAUGAUGUUGUUAUUCAAAAUGGUGGAAAUAGUGCAUGUGGACAGAAUGUAAUUCAGAUUUGUAAAGCAUGGGGCAUUAAAACUGUUAAUGUUGUUAGGGAUCGACCUGAAAUUAGUGAAUUAAAAAAGUAUUUGACAAAUUUGGGAGCAACUUAUGUUUUUACUGAAGAAGAAAUGCGGAGUGCACAAAUUUUCAAAGGUGAAGUUAAAAAGCCAAUGCUUGGUUUGAAUUGUGUUGGGGGGAAAAGUGGAGCUCAGUUAUUAAGGUAUAUGAAUCAUAGCAGCACAAUGGUUACCUAUGGUGGUAUGUCCAGAGAACCAGUUAUAGUUCCCACAUCUGCAUUUAUUUUUAAAAACAUAUCAUGUCAUGGAUUUUGGAUGACGGAAUGGAAUAAACAUGCACCAGCAGAAGCGAAAGAGCAAAUGAAGGAUUCAUUAAUUAAGCUUAUGUUAACAAAGCAACUUAAAGCUCCUACACAUAAAUUAGUUAAACUAAAAGAUUUUGAGGAAGCCUUAAAAAAUGCCCUUGCUCCCCAAGGAUUUGCGGGUUGUAAAUAUAUUUUAGACUUUACUGAUUAA